AACUAGCCACAAAUUCUGACGAACUCAAUCGUCAUAAAACGCAUUUACAGCGAUGCGUUUCUCUAGCUUGGUUUAAUACAAACUUUAAUAAAUAACGAGGAGCACCCAAAAUGUGUUUUGUGCAGGGAAGUGCUUAGUAAUGAGUAUCUCAAAACGAACAAAUUAAAACGACAGGUCUUGACCAAACACCCAGCAUGACGGUAAACCCAGAACAGGGAAGAAUGCGUCAGGAAACAGUGCUUCGACAGUGGYAAAGCGCUGGAGCCGCAGCCGGGGAGGACUGUAUCUUUAACAAGAUGGAGCACUUCGUUGCAAAGCAGAGGCUCUACUGGCGGUGUUGUUCUUCGAUUAUCGCUGCCCAGUCUUCAGUACUCUCACACAGAACAUUUUAUCUGCAUUCUCCCACUCUGGCCAGGAGAAAAGGAUGCGAGAAAGCAGAAGUGAUAGACGCCGCAGAAGUUUCUCCACUGAAGAGGACAAAGCCACAUGCGGUGGCAGAGAAUGUGAUAUCGGUGCUGAAGUUCUCCAAGUUGUCCGAACAUGCCACUGCUCCUACCCGGGGCUCUGCUAAAGCUGCAGGCUACGACCUGUUCAGUGCGUAUGACUACAGUAUUGGUCCUAUGGACAAGGCUAUCGUGAAGACUGACAUCCAGAUAGCUGUUCCUUCAGGCUGCUAUGGCAGAGUGGCACCACGGUCUGGGCUGGCUGCAAAACACUUCAUCGAUGUUGGGGCUGGAGUAGUGGAUGAGGACUAUAGAGGUAGUGGGGUGGUGCUGUUCAACUUCAGCAAGGAAACCUUUGAAGUGAAAAAAGGGGACCGUGUGGCUCAGCUGGUGUGCGAGAGGAUCUGCUACCCAGACCUGCAGGAGCUAAAGACUCUGGAUGAGACUGAGCGUGGGGUUGGAGGAUUUGGCUCCACAGGCAGCAACUGAUACAUCCACAUUGUAAACCAUUUGUUUUGUUCUGUUACAUGUUAUAUAAUAAUUACAUUCUUUAAUAAAGAUUGUUAUUAUCCCUUUGCCAUUAAUGGCAAUGAAACAUCA